AUGAGAUUUGGUCAGGAUUUACACCGUUACCAGGUGCCGGAAUGGGCGUCUUCGUAUAUUCCCUAUGUCUCUCUGAAAAGUAUGUUCAAUACAGCCGUCAGGGAAGCGAUGCAUAAGAGAACACAGCCGGACUUCACUGAGACGCUCUUAUCCCUGGAACGCGGCAUUAAUACCAUAAGCGAUUUCCAUGACGACAAAUAUCAGUUUUUACUAAAGAGGGAAGACGGAAUACGCAGGAAAUUCGGCCUGCCGCUUGAAAGGGGCGAAUGGUUGGUUGGCGAGCGUCUGGGCUGCUGCCAGCUGGAAGAACUUCUCCGUGCUAUAAUAGAACUCAGGGAAGAUUUCCAGAAGUUGCAGUGGUAUUUUAGGGUGAAUACAGAAGCCAUCAACAGGGUAUAUUCCAAGCUCGAUAGGUGCAGCGGAUUGUCCGGACCAUUACACCAGCAGAGAUCGAAGUGGCUUGAAAGGAAAGCUGAUCGUGACGCCGUAUGCGCAAGAGACGCUGAGAUCUUGAGAAACCUGACAGCAGAGAUUCGUCGCUCCCUGGCCCUUCCGGGUUCUCGUCCGGAAACUCUACAUAGACAGUCAACCCAACAUGGUGUGAUCCCCGAUCUGCUGUGUUGCAUCACGGAGGAUCAGUCUUCACAGUUGAGCGCCUUCCUGGAGAAGCUUUCCUUGGAUUACGGAGCACACAGUCCACGCUUCCGAGAGCUAGUCUAUGACAUGGCGGGGCUUUCUCUGACCUACGGUGCGAAAAACUCGGUGAAUUUCUUCCUGUUCGAGGCAUUCCAGAAAUAUGGUGUCGAGAUCGACAACGGUAUCUUGAUCCAUAUGAUCUGUCUUUUGGGCCGAAGUGGUACCUUGGGAGGAUAUAAUGGAGUGAACAUUACUUCUCCUUGCGGUCAUAAGAAGCGUCGUGACGAGGUGAUGGCCAGCUGCUUCUUUCACACUGUUCAGCGGCUCGGCCACCAGAAGAAAGACGUCUUCCUGGCGAAAGACGCCAUUGGACGCAAUUGUCUUCACUACAGUGCCUUAUAUCGCCUGCAAGUCAUCUGCCAAUCGAUCCUGGAGCCUGCCCGCCGCGAUAGAAGUUACGCCCUCCGCUUGAUCUUGUCGGUAGACUCCCAGGGAUAUACACCGUUACACUACGCGGUGAUAGACAAUCAUCUAGCUAUUACAGAUAUGUUUCUGGCCGCUCUUGACCUGGAAGGAGAAACGAGCGAAAAGACGACCAAGGACUUGGUUACGUUACUGGACGAACUUCUAUUUAUCGCCAUUAGAUAUCAGUUUAGAGACAUAGUCUACCUACUUGGCAAGCGGCACUCGGGCUGUGACACGCAAUCUCCUGAAGGGGAGACUGCCCUAUAUGUGGCCGCCCAAACUGGGAAUGAGAAGGUCGUUGAUUUCCUUCUGAGCACAGGCUGGGUGAAGUAUAUCGACGCUGCCGAGACUGCCCGGGGAUGGACGCCGCUGUUUAUUGCAUGUGCGCAAGGCCACCAGGCAGUGACAAAGCUCCUUUUGCAGGCAGGAGCGAGACAAGACAUAGUUGACGAUAUUGGCUGGACUUCCAAAGAACACGCCGCGCUGAGAGGUCAUCUUAUUGUGGCCGAAAUGCUGGAUUCAUGGAGUACUCUCAAUCUCCCUGGCAGUCCAUCUAGCAUGCACGUGAAACCUGUGUCUGGAGCACAAGUCCAUCUUCCCCCUGACUACAGUUAUGUUAUAAUCAACCUAGGUGCGACGCGGAAAGGCAAUCAGGCCAAGGCCGUUGUAUUCAACCCCAAUUCGGAAGGGUACAUUUGCACCGGCGGCUCCCUGGCUCUUGAAGUGUCGGUCUCAGAAGGGAAUGAUACAAGUCGAGCGGUCGAACUGCCCAUAUUGAAUGAUAUGGUCAACGAACCAUUUACUUUUCCCGUUUCUGAUCCUGACAAGACUUGGCUGGCGUUCAUGUUGUAUCGCGCUGGUUCUCUGCACACAGGAGGACGAGCCCUCCUGGGAAGCGGCGUCGCCUUAUUGAAAAGCCUCAGCGAUUGUUUCGGGACUGAUAGGGAGAGCCUUAUCAGGGAACGUACGAUCCCCAUAUUAUCAAAAGACACACUGAUCCUUUUGGGUACCGUGACUUUCACCUUUCUCAUCGCCAGCCCAAUGGCUCCGCUGAAUAUCUCGGCACGGGGCACACCAACGUUUACGACAAGCAGCCUACAACUUGUUGGCCACAGAGGACUUGGUCAAAAUACUGCUAACCGCAGCCAUCUUCAGCUUGGGGAGAAUACAAUGGAGUCAUUUCGCUCAGCUGCAAAGCAAGGCGCCACUUAUGUAGAGCUGACAAGAGACUUGGUGCCCGUUCUUUAUCAUGACUUUUCUCUGAGCGAAUCGGGGACGGAUAUUCCUAUUCAUGACUUGACUGUGGAACAGUUUCUGUAUGUCAGCAAGCUCCAGUCGGGAUGUCCUGUUCAAGAUGUACGAAAGCCACAUGGGGUUGAGAAUACCCAUACUCGCUCUUGGUCCUUGACAGGAGAGUAUGGACCAGGCACUCAGGAGAUCCGUGAUAGGCUGAAGCACACCGUGGAAUUUACAAAUAAGGGCUUCAAGCCGAAUACCCGCGGCGACUUCAUCCAGGAUUCUUUUACCACGCUGGAAGAUGUGCUCACAAAACUGCCCGAGUCGGUUGGUCUUAACGUUGAAAUAAAAUAUCCGAGAAUCCAUGAGGCGGCAGAAGCUGGAGUCGCGCCUCUCGCCAUCGAGAUCAACACAUUUGUCGACAAGAUUCUGGAGAAAAUCCUCCUGCACGCUCGGAAUACACGAAACAUCAUCCUCUCCUCUUUCACUCCCGAAGUCUGCAUUCUUUUGGCCUUCAAGCAACGAGUGUAUCCAGUGAUGUUCAUCACCAAUGCCGGCAAGCCUCCAGUGGCGGAUUUGGAGACAAGGGCUUCCAGUCUACAGUCUGCUGUUCGUUUCGCGAAGCGGUGGAGCUUGUCUGGCGUCGUAUUUGCAUCCGAGACCCUGAUCAGCUGCCCCAGACUCAUCGGAUACGUCAAGCAAUCCGGGUUGGUAUGUGGGUCGUACGGACUCCAGAACAACAUCCCAGAGAACGCGAAAGUGCAAGCAGCUGCUGGGAUUGACAUACUAAUGGCCGAUAGAGUUGGACUGAUCUCGGGAGCCUUGCGUGCCGGUGGCUAUCUCUAG